CUUAGUAUUGUAAGGAGAAAGUAAACAGUAAAAUCUUAAAGUAGUUUUCGAGUUUAAAUACAGUUCUAAGUUUGUGGGCAUCUUUCGUUAGCUAGCUAGAACAAAGGGAACUACACACGAGGCAGAAAGUUUGUUCUGUAACUUCAGGUUGCUCUUGGCUAGCUGGCUAAAGAUACCCAUUUUGGCUGUAGCUAGUUACAUAAGUGAGUGCAUUAGGUUAUUUUGGAAUUAACUGGAGUUUGUAGAAAGCAGGAAGCUGCACCAGCCGGAAAGGGCUGAACGGAGCAUGCUCAGUACACGAGUACGUGGCCAGCUUCAGCGGACAGCCCGCCCGCUUCAAGAUGACCUCCGUGUGCGGCCACGUGAUGAGCCUGGACUUCAUAGGGAAGUAUAAUAAUUGGGAUAAAGUGGAUCCAGCAGAGCUGUUCAGCAAAGCGCCCACUGAGAAGAAAGAGGCAAACCCCAAACUCAACAUGGUGAAGUUCCUGCAGGUGGAAGCUAAAGGCUGCGACACGGUGGUGCUGUGGCUGGACUGUGAUAAAGAAGGAGAGAACAUUUGCUUUGAGGUUCUGGAUGCUGUACUGCCAGUGAUGAACAAGGGUUACGGGGGUGAGCAGAAUGUUUUCCGUGCAAAGUUCAGCUCCAUCACCGACACAGACAUCUGCAACGCCAUGAACCGGCUCGGACAGCCCAACAAGAACGAGGCUCUGAGUGUGGAUGCCCGGCAGGAGCUUGACCUGCGCAUUGGCUGCGCCUUCACCCGGUUCCAGACGAAGUACUUCCAGGGCAAAUACGGGAACCUGGACUCGUCCCUGAUUUCCUUCGGGCCCUGCCAGACGCCCACGCUGGGGUUCUGUGUGGAGCGGCACGAUAAGAUCCAGUCCUUCAAGCCGGAGACGUACUGGGUGAUCCAGGCCAAGGUGUUUAAAGGAAAAGAGAGCCCUCUCACGCUGGACUGGGACCGGGUUCGAGUCUUCGACAGGGAGGUGGGCCAGAUGUUUGUCAACCUCACUAAAACUUCGAGAGAAGCCAUGGUGGCGUCGGUGAGCAGGAAGGAGAAGGCCAAGCAGAGGCCGCUGGCACUCAACACGGUGGAGAUGCUGAGAGUGGCCAGCUCCUCGCUCGGAAUGGCCCCCCAGUAUACCAUGCAGAUAGCCGAGCGGCUGUACACUCAGGGGUACAUCAGCUACCCCCGCACAGAGACCACACACUACCCCGAAAACUUUGACCUCAAGGGCACAUUGCGCCAACAGGCUAACAACCCCUUCUGGGCAGACUCAGUGAAGGCUCUGUUGGCGGAGGGGCUGAAUCGUCCCAGGAAGGGGGCAGAUGCUGGAGAUCACCCCCCCAUCACACCGAUGCGGGCGGCGUCUGAGGGCGAGCUAGGAAGUGAUGGUUGGCGUUUGUACGAGUAUAUCACUAGACACUUCAUCGCCACGGUCAGCCAGGACUGCAAGUACCUGCAAACCACCAUCGCCUUCAGCAUCGGCUCCGAGGCCUUCUCCUGCUCCGGGAAGACUCUGAUAUCGGCUGGUUUCACGGAGGUCAUGCCCUGGCAGGGUAUCCCGGAGGAGGAGAGCCUGCCGGACUGUGUGAAGGGAGAUGCCUUCACGGUGGACGAGGUGAAGCUGGUGGAGAAACAGACCAGCCCCCCAGACUACCUGACCGAGGCAGAGCUCAUUACCCUGAUGGAGAAGCACGGCAUCGGGACGGACGCCAGCAUCCCUGUGCACAUCAACAACGUCUGCCAGAGGAACUACGUCACCGUGGAGUCGGGGCGCAGACUCAAGCCCACGAGCCUGGGCGUCGUGUUGGUCCAUGGCUAUUACAAGAUAGACGCAGAGCUGGUCUUGCCCACUAUCCGCAGUGCGGUUGAGAAGCAGCUGAGCCUCAUCUCACUGGGGAAGGCAAAUUUCCAGCAGGUUCUGCAGCAUACCCUCGACAUCUUCAAGAGGAAGUUCCACUACUUUGUGGACUCUCUUGCAGGUAUGGACGAGCUGAUGGAGGUCUCUUUCUCUCCCAUCGCUGCCACAGGGAAGCCACUCUCCCGCUGUGGGAAGUGUCAUCGCUUCAUGAAGUACAUCCAGGCCAAGCCCAGCCGGCUGCACUGCUCGCACUGCGACGAGACGUACAGCCUGCCGCAGAACGGCGCCAUCAAGCUGUACAAGGAGCUGCGCUGCCCGCUGGACGAAUUCGAGCUGGUGCUGUGGACCUCCGGCUCCCGUGGGAAGAGCUACCCGCUCUGCCCCUACUGCUUCAGCAACCCGCCCUUCCGCGACAUGAAGAAAGGUAUGGGGUGUAACGAGUGCACGCACCCCACCUGCCAGCACUCCCUGAACUCGCUGGGGAUUGGCCAGUGUGUGGAGUGUGAGGGCGGGGUUCUGGUGUUCGACCCCACCUCGGGGCCCAAGUGGAAGAUGGCGUGUAACCGGUGCAACGUGGUGGUGCACUUCUUCGAGCACGCUCACAAGGUGCAGGUGUCGGCGGACAGCUGCGAGUCCUGCGAGGCGUCCCUGGUGAUCGUCGACUUCAACAAGGCGCGCUCGCCGCUGCCGGGCGAGGAGACGCAGCACACGGGCUGCGUGUUCUGCGACGCGCUGUUCCAGGACCUGGUGGAGCUGAAGCACGCCACCAUGAGGCACCCCAUGCACCGGGGGGGGCAGGCCCGGCGGCAGGGGGGGCGCGGCCGCGGCCGACGCCCCGGGGGCAGGGCCAACCCCAAAAAACCCAAAGACAAGAUGGCCGCCCUGGCGGCGUACUUUGUGUAGCCGGCUCUGCGUACGUGCAGUACGUCAUCGAGCCUCCCACUUCCUGUCCUUCCUCCCACUUCCUGUCCUUAGAGUGACCUGUGGAAACAGAACUUAUUUUGAAAGGGAAAAAGGGUGUUUAUUAUGCAAUAAAAAUCUAUAGAAUUUCAUGCCUUAUAUAACCAAAGUUCUGUGUGUCCUAACGGUCUCCUCUCUCCUGGGUUUAUCUGCAUUGAUGCCAAAGGCCUUCAGUACCUGUAAACAUUCAAUAAAAACCUGCUUCAAAGCA